AUGGAUCAAAACAACAGCCUCCCACCAUACGCCCAGGGCCUGGCCUCCCCACAGGGUGCACUGACCCCUGGGAUCCCAAUAUUCAGCCCCAUGAUGCCAUAUGGCACUGGCCUGACACCACAGCCCAUCCAGAGUACCAACAGCCUGACUCUUUUGGAGGAGCAGCGACAGCAGCAGCAGCAGCAACAGCAACAACAGCAGCAACAACAGCAGCAGCAGCAACAGCAGCAACAGCAGCAGCAGCAACAGCAGCAGCAGCAACAGCAGCAAGCAGUGGCAGCGACAGCCCAGCAGUCCACAUCCCAGCAGGCGCCCACAGGGGCCACAGGACAAACCCCCCAGCUCUUCCACUCUCAGACUCUUACAACCGCGCCUCUGCCAGGCACCACCCCACUGUACCCAUCCCCAAUGACACCCAUGACCCCUAUUACUCCCGCCACACCAGCUUCCGAGAGCUCUGGAAUUGUACCUCAGCUGCAAAAUAUCGUCUCCACGGUAAAUCUUGGUUGUAAACUUGACCUAAAGACCAUUGCACUUCGUGCCCGAAAUGCUGAAUAUAAUCCCAAGCGGUUUGCUGCUGUGAUCAUGAGAAUAAGAGAACCACGGACCACAGCGCUGAUCUUCAGCUCCGGGAAGAUGGUGUGCACUGGUGCCAAGAGUGAAGAGCAGUCCCGGCUAGCGGCAAGGAAGUAUGCCAGGGUCGUGCAGAAGCUGGGCUUCCCCGCCAAGUUUCUGGACUUCAAGAUCCAGAACAUGGUGGGAAGCUGCGACGUGAAGUUCCCCAUCCGCCUAGAAGGCCUUGUACUCACCCACCAGCAGUUCAGCAGCUAUGAGCCAGAGUUGUUCCCAGGUUUAAUUUAUAGGAUGAUCAAGCCCAGGAUCGUUCUUCUUAUUUUUGUUUCUGGAAAAGUUGUAUUAACAGGUGCUAAAGUCAGAGCGGAGAUCUACGAAGCUUUUGAGAACAUCUACCCAAUUCUGAAAGGUUUCCGGAAGACCACAUAA